UUGGGUCUGCACCGGAAGUGCCUGUGCAGCAGAUGUGGUACCUACUGAGUGUUGUUUCGGUCGCUCUUCCAUCUUUCCCCGGCUGGGUAUUUGCGUCGCACCAUGGCGCCCAAGGGCAAAGUGGGCACGAGAGGGAAGAAGCAGAUAUUUGAGGAGAACAAAGAGACCUUGAAGUUCUACCUGCGAAUCAUACUGGGGGCCAAUGCCAUUUACUGUCUUGUCACCCUGGUCUUCUUCUACUCAUCUGCUUCAUUUUGGGCCUGGAUGGCCCUGGGCUUUAGUCUGGCAGUAUAUGGGGCCAGCUACCACUCUAUGAGCUCGAUGGCAAGGGCAGCCUUCUCUGAGGAUGGGGCCCUGAUGGAUGGUGGAAUGGAUCUCAACAUGGAGCAGGGCAUGGCAGAGCACCUUAAAGAUGUGAUCCUGCUGACAGCUAUUGUGCAGGUGCUCAGCUGCUUCUCCCUCUACAUCUGGUCCUUCUGGCUUCUGGCGCCGGGCAGAGCCCUUUACCUCCUGUGGGUCAAUGUACUGGGCCCUUGGUUCACAGCAGACAGUGGCGCCCCAGCGCCAGAGCACAACGAGAAACGGCAGCGCCGACAGGAGCGGCGGCAGAUGAAGCGGUUAUAGCCACUGACAUUGUGGCUACAGGUUUCUGGGCCCUGGGUGGCUCUAUCAGGCUGCAUGGCCCCCAUGCCAGGAGCAAUGAGGGCCUAGUCCAAGGGCCAAAGGCAGUCUAAGGUAUAGGACUAGUGAAUAAAUGGCUUACAAUGUG